AUGUUUAAAAGGUUAAGAAGAAUCCUUACUGACAAAUUUGUUUACCUCAUGGAUUCUGUAACUCUUUUGCCAUUAAGGCCUUCAUCAAAAAAUUUAUACAUGAUGAUCAGGAAAAAACUGCAUGUAAAACUGAACAUUCCAACGUUAUUGAUAAUAGUCAUGGUAGUUUUCCUAUGUAUACAUUAUUUAUCUGCGACAAGAUGUUCGCAGAAUGAGAAAGAAAUUAAAGCUAAAUCGAAAUUCAGACUGAUAAUACUUAUACUCUCUAGCCCUGACAAUUUGGAACAAAGAGCAACUAUCAGGAAAACUUGGUUACCACAGAAACAAGCUACGGUUAAACAUUUGUUUGUAAUAGGAACUUUAGAUUUAUUGACAGAGCAAAAGGAAACUUUGCAAUCUGAAAAACAAAAGUUCAAUGACUUAUUGUUGUUACCAAGGUUAACUGACUCUUAUGGAACUUUAACAAAAAAACUUUUGUAUGCUCUUAAAGAGACUUAUAAGAAUUAUGAUUUUAACUUUUUAUUGAAAUGCGACGAUGAUACAUUCGUUUUAGUACAUAAACUUUUAAAAGAACUAGAUAAAUGGGAGAGCAAAGGUACAAGGAAAGAAUUAUAUUGGGGUUUCUUUAAUGGAAAGGCACAAGUUAAAAGAAGCGGACCUUGGAAAGAAACAGACUGGGUAUUGUGUGAUUAUUAUUUGCCUUAUGCUCUAGGCGGUGGAUAUGUCUUAUCCUAUAAUUUAGUCAAAUUUAUUGCUUCAAACAUGGAUAUUCUCAAAUUGCAUAAAGCAGAAGAUGUAUCUGUUGGUCUUUGGUUGGCUCCUUUGGCAAACAUUGAAAGAAAACACGAUGUACGUUUUGACACAGAAUACAGAUCACGUGGAUGUUCCAAUCAAUAUAUAAUUACACACAAACAAACCAUUGAAAAUAUGAAAAAUCUGCAUGAAUACUAUCAAGCAUCUGGAGCAUUAUGCGUGAAAGAGAUACGAUAUCGUAUGAGCUAUCAUUAUAAUUGGACUGUUCCUCCUAGUCAGUGUUGUAAUUUACAAUCUGGCAUCCCAUAGACAGUACCAUUUCCCUUUAGGUUUUGUAGUUAAUCCGACACAAGCAAAAUGGAACCAUUCUAUAGGACACUAUAGAAAAAAAGAAAAG